AUAAGUGGUUAGUAUCAAAGUCGAUACUUAUCUGUGGCAAAUAACCCUUGUCUUUAUAUGUUCCAGUUCUUGGGGACUAACCCCAUCAUUAUAGGCCAUACCAGUGUGAAUCUUUCAGCUUGUAUUUAUGUUCACCACUGUCUCUAAAAGUGAAACACUUCAUUUAAGACUAGCUACUCAACACAUAAUCUACAUGAAGCUGAUGUGGAGCAACAUUUUCCUUCCUCGUUGUAAUGUCGGCUAUGCCAAAUAUCGUUUUGUAUUGUCCAACUGCCCUGGAUGGAUGUUAAACAAAGUAGAAAUCAAAUGUGUGAGAAUCGAAGGCUUGACUAUGAAUUUAAAAAAGCUUAAUUUGAUCCCAAAUAUAGUUUACUACCUAACUAUGCCAGCAGAUGGCGCUCAACGCGUGUGGAAAGGAAUCUCUAAAUCCCCAAAGCGCGCUGCCGUAGUGCGAUUCGAAUAGGCGCACUUCAGAAGCUGGCGCGCCCGUUUCAACAGGGGGAGUACUGUUUCAGAUGGGUAGAGGACCUUCUUGGAGAACCCUCUGCAACCAAUCUCAGUCAACAGCAGAGGAGACCAUGAAGGCAGUUGUCUGGAGUAAUCGCUCUGCGGAUAGACACAGUAACCAGCUGUACCGACCGCUCCUACACACGGACGACUGAAUGAAGAGCCAGAAUGGCCGGAGGACGGAGAGGACUUGUAGCCCCUCAAAAUACUUUUUUAGAAAAUAUUGUCAGACGAUCAAACGUUUGGACAUUAUCACAUAGACAGACAGAUACCAACUUUGUGCUGGGAAACGCUCAGAUUGUGGACUGGCCCAUCGUCUACAGCAACGAUGGCUUCUGCAAGCUGUCUGGUUAUCACAGAGCAGAGGUCAUGCAGAAAAGCAGCACCUGCAGCUUCAUGUACGGGGAGCUCACAGAUAAAGACACAAGUGAAAAAGUGCGACUAACGUUUGAGAACUACGAGAUGAAUUCAUUUGAGAUACUCAUGUAUAAGAAAAACCGGACACCGGUAUGGUUUUUUGUGAAAAUAGCCCCCAUUCGCAAUGAACAGGAGAAGGUGGUUUUGUUUUUGUGCACAUUUAGUGACAUCACAGCCUUUAAACAGCCCAUAGAGGAUGACUCUUCCAAAGGUUGGGGAAAGUUUGCCCGUCUGACGCGUGCUCUGACCAGUAGUAGGGGGGUACUACAGCAGCUGCAGCCCACUGUUCACAAGGGAGAGAAUGUCCACAAACACUCCCGCUUGGCUGAGGUGCUGCAGCUUGGCUCUGACAUCUUGCCCCAGUACAAGCAAGAGACCCCCAAGACUCCUCCCCACAUUAUUUUACACUACUGCCUCUUUAAAACCACCUGGGACUGGGUCAUCCUCAUCCUCACCUUCUACACCGCCAUCAUGGUGCCGUACAAUGUCUCCUUCAAGACCAAGCAGAACAACGUUACGUGGUUGGUGGUAGACAGCAUUGUGGAUGUCAUCUUCCUAGUCGACAUUGUGCUCAACUUUCACACCACAUUCGUGGGGCCAGCAGGUGAGGUCAUCUCGGAUCCAAAACUGAUCCGAAUGAACUACCUAAAGACGUGGUUUGUCAUCGACCUGCUGUCUUGCCUACCCUAUGAUGUCAUCAAUGCCUUCGAGAACGUAGAUGAGAACUGGAACCACCGGGCUGUCACUCAAGGGAUCAGCAGUCUGUUCAGCUCUCUCAAAGUGGUAAGACUGCUUCGAUUGGGACGUGUUGCCCGUAAACUAGACCACUACAUCGAGUAUGGGGCAGCUGUUCUGGUUCUUCUGGUGUGUGUUUUUGGCCUGGCUGCCCACUGGCUGGCCUGCAUUUGGUACAGCAUUGGGGAUUAUGAAGUCAUAGACGAGGACACCAACGUGGUUCGUACUGACAGCUGGCUCUACAUGCUGGGAGAGACUGUUGGGACACCCUACCGCUUCAACGCCAGCGGCUCUGGAAAGUGGGAGGGGGGGCCUAACAAAGAGUCUGUUUACAUUACCUCCCUCUACUUCACCAUGACCAGCUUAACUAGCAUUGGCUUCGGCAACAUCGCCCCCACCACGGACGGAGAGAAAAUCUUCGCUGUGGCUAUGAUGAUGAUUGGAUCCCUGCUAUAUGCCACUAUCUUUGGAAAUGUGACAACAAUCUUCCAGCAGAUGUAUGCCAACACAAAUCGCUACCACGAGAUGCUGAACAGUGUCCGGGAUUUCCUCAAGCUCUACCAAGUGCCUAAGGGACUGAGUGAAAGAGUUAUGGACUACAUUGCAUCCACCUGGUCCAUGUCUCGGGGCAUAGAUACUGAAAAGGUGUUGCAGAUAUGUCCCAAGGACAUGAGAGCUGAUAUCUGUGUCCAUCUCAACCGGAAAGUAUUCAAAGAGCACCCAGCCUUCCGAUUGGCCAGUGAUGGAUGCCUCCGAGCCCUGGCAAUGGAGUUCCAGACUAUCCACUGUGCCCCAGGGGACCUCAUAUACCAUGCAGGCGAAAGCGUGGACAGCCUUUGCUUUGUCGUGUCCGGGUCCUUGGAGGUCAUUCAGGAUGAUGAGGUGGUGGCAAUUCUGGGCAAGGGAGAUGUUUUUGGAGAUGUUUUCUGGAAGGAAGUGACCCUCGCUCAAGCAUGUGCCAACGUGCGUGCAUUGACCUACUGUGACCUCCACGUCAUAAAAAGAGAUGCUUUGCAAAAGGUUCUAGAGUUCUACACCGCCUUCUCUAACCAUUUUUCUCGGAAUCUGCUUCUUACCUACAACUUGCGGAAGAGAAUUGUGUUUCGAAAGAUCAGCGACGUGAAACGGGAGGAAGAAGAGCGCUUAAGGCGAAAAAACGAGGCUCCGUUGAAUCUCCCUCCAGACCACCCCGUGCGUCGGCUGUUUCAGCGCUUUCGUCAGCAGAAGGAGGCCCGUGUAGCCACUGGAAGUACAGACGCUUCCGAACAUGACCUGGAGAAAGGCUCAGUAUGUGUGGAGCCUACUUUCAAUCACGAUGUCAUAGCGACCACCAGCAUUGUCACAGUAACAGAAAGCCCAGCAACACCUAUUCCAAAUGUGUCUGUGUCCUCCUCCAUCUCUGGCACCUUGGACAAGGCCAAGCUCCAGGCACCGCCUUCUGUUGCCUUUGUAGGCAUCCGGCACUCUGAGCCGGCUAAGGUCAAAGGUUGGGGUCGUUUCAAGGAUUCUAUGUCUAAGCCGGACAAUUGGAACAAGGUUUCCAAAGCAGAGUCAAUGGAGAUCCUUCCAGAGAGGACCAAGGUCCAUGAAUCACAGACAUCCCUCAAGAAGACGGACUCCUGCGACAGCGGUAUCACCAAAAGCGACCUUCGUUUGGAUAACAUGGGCGACAACUUGCGAACCCCCACGCAGGACCGCAGUCCUAUUCAGCUUGAGGCCAAGCAUGCCUUCUACCCCAUCCCAGAACAGACACUCCAGGCUUCCCUCCUGGAACUCAAGCUGGAGCUGAAAGAUGACCUGAAGGCCCUGAAUACUAGAAUGUCCAGCUUGGAAGCCCAGCUUGCAGAGGCACUUCGGCUCCUGAAAGCCAGGAAAGCUGCGGGCGGCUCACCCAAACCACUGUUCGAGAUCUCCCGACCUACCUCACCUGAGUCAGAUAAGGAGGACAUCUUCUCUUAAAGAGGAAAAGAGGUUGGUGAGACCUAAGGAUAGUUGUGCAUGCUGAGCAGAGGCCCUUUACUCGGUGCCUUGCUGAUGCCUGUGCAUUCACUGGUCGACAGAAGUGCAAUGCGAUAAGCGCCACACUCUUAUCCUCUCAAGGAAGACAUAUAGGUUGUAGCCCUUGCAGCCCUGAUUGGACUAGUGGUCGCCAAGGAGAUAUUGGGAUGUUGUUGACAAAGGUGUGGAUACAGUGGCCAAGACCACCUUGGGUUUGGAACUAAAGCAGCAUUACAAGCUUAGAGAACCUGAUGAAUGCGACACACUUUUUAAAUUUAUUUUAGAAUGUAACAAACAAAUCAGUGUUUAUGUUCAUCUUUUCAGAAUCUCAAUUUCUAUACUUCAGACAAGGUCAGGUUGCAUCAAACAGCCUUCUUGGUUAGAGACAUUUUUCUCACUCACAAUGAUCCAUUUCCUCCUCCUGUAAUAAUCUUUUGUUUACAUUUAUAUAUUUGCCACUGAUCUUAGAUUAUAGACUGUAAUAGAUAGGUAGGGGAGGAAAGUGUGCGGAAAAUAAGUUAUUACCACUUACAUGUGCUUAUCUAAAGUCUGCCACCAAGUUAUGGGUAUGAGAUGCAAAUCCAUUUGCUGAAAGUAGGUUUGUUUCAUAACAGUGUACUCCAAUGAUGGACACAUUGUGCCUGUGAGUUUAACAUGGAAUAAAGCUGUUGGUGCGUCUCACAGAUAUCAACAGGGACUGUGGCAUAUCAAAUCUGUUAAAUAUCCUUAAUAGUUGGUUACAGAUAUAUGUAUAUUGUACGGCAUUAGAUUGAAUACAUCUGAAUUCUUACUUCAAAAGCAUAGGUCUCCACACUUAAAUCAUAGCAAUAAUUAUGGAUAUAUUUCUGCUUUGCAAAUCUGUCCUACAAUGAAAUUAAGUAUACUGUGUGUGAUAUAUUGUAAUUACUGCAAACCAUUGUUGGUAUUAACCAAUAUUCGAAGCAAGUCACACAGGAAUGCAGACUUCAGAAUAUACUGAAUGACUCGAAUAAGUCACUGAGUUCAGAGGAAGUGCAUGUAUUGCUGACAUUGCUAAGCAAUAAUUGUGCAUUGCUACAAUGUGUUCAACCAAUGAACUUGUUUGUGUCUUUAUAAUACUGAGAAGUGAAUGUUGGGAGAAUUAUAAUAUUUUUUUUACAUAUUAUAAAGUCUGCCAUGCUGUACACUGUACAGCAUCUCCAAACUGUGGGUUCCAAAAGGUCAUGCAGAGAAAACAAUGGCCUAUACAUAAUUAUGAACUGGCUCCACAUGGCCUCUCUGAAUGGGAAAACCAGUGAAUAAAAUCAUAACAUAGAUCGGACCAAGCAGCUUACCUCCACUUACUUCGUCACUGAUAUGACAUCUUGUAAAGUGGCACCUUUUUUUCUAAAACUUUACUAAAACAAUAUGACAGUUUGAGUCCUAACAGUUAGAUCAAGGAAUCACGUAGACUAGAACUUUUUUUUAUUUAAUCUUAUGAAUGAACCAUUGUGUUCAGUGAACCAUUCUAAAAUGUGUACUCAAGGACACACAUUAUUAACUUACCUACGCAUAAUUUUUGAGUUUCAAUUCUAAAUGAAAUUAUCGAAAAAAAUUGAUUUGAAAAUUAUGUUUUGGUCUUUCAAUUCGAGCAUGUAAGGUGGAACAGUUUGAGAGUAGUGCAGUUCAGUUUAAGGUAUUUUAUCACGUCUGGACGGGAUGUAAUUUUUGAAACUACACUAUGCAUUACAUAGCUCAAUUGUUUCAAUAUAUUAUAGCAUGCUUUGUAAAUGUGUGCUGUUCCACAAAAUGUCCUUGGGUUUGACAAGUUUUCACAUUUUAAAUGACUAUGGGGGUUAAACACUCAAUGUUUUACUUCAGACAAAUAGGGUUCAUGUUGGGCUCACACCAGAUUGCAUUAAAAACAUUUAUAACAAACCUGCCAUGAUAAUAGCAGACCAGUAAAGAAUGAGCUAUAAUGGGGGGGGGCACCAUCCACAAUUCAAUACCAGAAGUUAAACUUUGAUCCAGAUGCUCCAUUACAAGAUGUCUGCCUGUCUGCAUACCUAGCCAACAUUACAACAUUGUCAACCCAUAGCUUGCAUAUCUAGUCUCCAUCUCCGUUUCCAGUUCCUGACACAUAGCUCUAUGGCUUGUUUGCACAGAGCUAUAAAGUCGGUCAACACAGCCUGAAUUAGCAUGCUAGAUAAUAGCCCCGAUACAUAACACCAUUUUAGAUUUACUCCAAAUCUUAAAAUAUUGAAACAUCUGGCAUUUGUCUGCAUUGAUAGUUAGUACCACUGAUCUUGUGGUGUGAUUCAAUCAUCUUUGAGUUGUAUCUGUGUUAUAUCUUAGAAAUAUUGAGUAACUCCCUCUAAUAGAAUGGAAGAAUAAUUAGAUCCGGAUCCAUUUAUUACAAGAGCUGUGUCAAUGUGAUUGUUCAUGAUAUUCAAAUGCUAAUCACAGAUACUCUCUAACAAUGGUGCAUCACGUUGGCUAAAAUGUCAACAACUUGUCCACAUUCCAAUAGAAAACCAGUCAAAAUGAACCCCUGAGGAACUACUUCAAUAAACCAUGUUAGCAUCUGUUGCAUUAAUGCAACUCUUCCGUGUAGGCUGUAGUUAGAUGGAAGCUUUAAAGCCGUCUGGUUACAUAUAGUUACGUAUGUCUAACUUCCUGCAUGAGCCAAUGAGCAUAAUCAUGUACCCCGUUAUACAACAUCCCCAUCCCCAUAUGCAGUAUGUCUUGUCAUGCACCAAAGUAUCUACAUCAAAUGUUGCACUACUGAAAGACAUGAGCAUGAACACUCGUUGAACAAUGUGAAACUGUUUGUGGUCUACUGCUCAGGUGUUCUUGUAGCACUUUGUAACAUUACUAUGGAAUGUCAUGUUGGAAGAGAGUAAAGUGGCCGAUUUUGAGGAAACUCAUGUGAUUUAUGCACAUGUUGGUAGAUAAAUACAUUUUCUGUGAUGAAACAUGUACUUGUAAGCACAAAGAGGUAUUUGUAAUGUA